UCAACACCGCUCAACGAUCUGUGCUGUGUCAAAUAUGUCCGGCUACGAAGUUGAACACAACAUCCCCGCGGACCAACGACAAGAGCCCGUUCGACGUCGGCCUGAUCUGGGCACAUUCUUCAGCACCCUCGAUCUCGUAGACACGUCUGGAUCUCGCCAACCACAAAAUUCGAAUGCCCUACCUCUGCCACAGGAUGUUAGCGCAGCGUUCAGAACAUUGGCCAAUGCCUUCGAGAUGAUGAGAACAGGAGGAGCUACGCAAGACGAUGGAAACUCCGAGCUGUUGGGAAACCUGGUGCAGAGUCUGAUGGAUAGUGCUGAGCAUCCUCCUACGGAAGUAGAGGGUGUAUCGGACGAGUUCAUUGCGCAGUUAGAACGGAUACCAAAAAAGCAGCUGGAGCGAAAGCCCGAUCAGAGCUGUCCAAUUUGCGCCAAUCCGUUCCUCGAAGACCCGCACCCACUCGUCGUGCGAUUGCCGUGCCACAAGGACCAUAUCUUCGAUUUGGAGUGCAUUUCUCCGUGGCUGAAGCUCAAUCCAACUUGCCCCAUGGAUCGUCAAGUCUUGCUCAAAAAGAAAGAGCCUCCGGUCGUGGUAGAAGACGAUGAGGAAGAGUUCGAUGAUAUGAUGGGAAAGUCUUCCAAAGACAAGCGAGAUGCCUACUAUCGAUUGGCAAAAGAACAAGGCUGGCGUGCCCGGUCCGCCUUCAAACUGCUCCAACUUGAUGAAGAAUUCAAUCUCUUCGAAGGGGUUACGAGAGUCGUAGAUCUUUGCGCGGCACCUGGAAGCUGGUCACAGGUUCUGUCGAGGAUAUUGAUCAAAGGAGAGAUGAUUGGGCGUGCGGCCUGGGAAGACAAGCGCUAUCGGGAGAUUUUGCGUCUUCGCGAGGUUGAUCCAGCAUCGACUUCGGGCGAGAUCGAUACACCACCGAGUGCCAAACCUAGACAGGACGUGAAGAUUGUUGCGAUUGACCUGCAGCCGAUGUCGCCUCUAGAGGGAAUCACCUGCUUGAAAGCCGACAUCACGCAUCCAUCUACCAUUCCACUCCUGCUCAAAGCCCUGGACCCGGACUACGACGCCUCUCUUGCCACGACUGAAGCGUCUCACCCUGUCGAUCUGGUGCUUUCAGACGGUGCGCCGGAUGUGACCGGACUUCACGACUUGGACAUUUACGUCCAAUCUCAGCUCUUGUGGGCGGCGCUGAACCUCGCGUUGUGCGUGCUCAAGCCCGGCGGCAAGUUUGUGGCCAAGAUCUUCCGCGGCAAGGAUGUCGACAUACUGUACGCACAGCUGAAGACAGUGUUUGAAGGUGUCACAGUCUCAAAGCCAAGGAGUAGUCGGGCAAGUAGUGUUGAGGCCUUCAUCGUCUGCACGAAUUUUCGCCCGCCGAAGGGCUUCACGGCCAGCUUGCAAGAUCCGAUGGGCGCGACGCAGCCCAUGCAGUCCAAAUUGGCGUCGUCACUUGAGCCUUUUGAAAGCCCACGGCGGUACCGAGAGGACGGCGUGACCGAGCUCUUCUUGGAUACUGCGGACGACAACGUAGCCAAGAACAGAUGGAUUGCGCCGUUCUUGGCCUGUGGAGAUCUGAGCGCUUUUGAUGCCGAUGCGAGUCACAAAUUGCCUGAGGGACACGUGAGUCUGGAUCCAGUGCAACCGCCCACUGCUCCACCUUAUCGGUUGGCGCUCGAGGAGCGGAAGAAGAUGGGCGGAGCAUACGGCAAGACGAAGCUUGGCGAAACAAAAUGA